AUUUUAUUCGGAAAAUAAGUAUAAAAUAGCUUUCUUUCGACUUAUUUUUACGUAAAUUAGUGAAAAUAAACACAUAAUUGCAAUUUCAUAGAAAUGUUUACGAGCAAUUAGGAUUUGGAAUGGUUCGGAUAAGUGUUUGAGGUUUGAGGAUCUUACAAAAGUUUGCCUCCCAACCGUGUUGUAGAGGGUUGGCUCUACGGGUAUUUAUAAGGAAUAAAAUUACUAAGGACGCUAUGUCCGGCCGGAGAAAACCUCCAAGCUUCAACUUUACGGCAAAAGAAGACAAGCCAGAUGUUGUUACACCCCCGAGGAACCUUGAAGAGAGGACCACAAUAACAAUUGGUGACAACACAUUCACUGUCCACGCAGAUGACCUGGUUAAGAUCUGUGACCUUGGCCGCGGGGCCUAUGGCAUUGUGGAGAAGAUGCACCACAGACCCAGCAAUACUAUCAUGGCAGUCAAAAGAAUAGCUUUCAACAACCAGUCCCUGGAAUUAAAACGCUUGCUGAUGGACCUGGACGUGUCCAUGAGAGCCAGUGCAUGUCCAUACACAGUACAUUUCUACGGUGCCAUGUUCCGCGAGGGCGACGUCUGGAUCUGCAUGGAGGUCAUGGACACCAGCCUAGACAAGUUCUACACAAAAGUCUACAAAAACAACAGGACCAUUCCAGAGAAUAUCCUCGGCAAAAUAGCGUUUUCAGUCGUAAGCGCUUUGAAUUACCUCUACUCACAACUCAGGGUCAUACACAGAGACGUAAAACCGUCAAAUAUUCUGAUCAACAGACAGGGUGAAGUCAAAAUGUGCGAUUUUGGUAUAUCAGGAUAUCUCGUUAACUCGAUAGCGAAGACGAUAGACGCCGGGUGCAAGCCGUAUAUGGCGCCGGAAAGGAUUGACCCUCACGGCAACCCCGCGCAGUACGAUAUCCGAAGCGACGUGUGGUCUCUCGGGAUAGCUAUGAUAGAACUCGCGACCGGGAAGUUUCCUUACCAGAACUGGCCUACUCCAUUCGAACAACUAAAACAGGUAGUGACAGACGACCCGCCGAGGUUACCUGCCGGACGUUUCUCUGCUGAUUUCGAAGACUUCAUAGUACAAUGUCUACAGAAGGAUUACAAAAAUAGACCUAACUACAAUACAUUACUUUCACAUAAAUUCUGUUUAGAACACAGCACCAUAGAGGUAGAUGUGGCUUCUUUUGUUCAAGAAAUAUUAGAUUUACCUGAUGACUCCUAGUGUUAAGAAGAACGUGUUUAACUGUGACUAACAGUAGAUGUAACAAUUUGUUAUUAACAUUAUUAAUUUAUGUAAAAACUAGUGAUGAACUUAAUAGGGUAUAAAGAGUAUCUAGAAAAAUCUGAAAGUUGGCUGUACAGAGAAUUCUACAUUGACAUGCUGUUGUUUAACCAUGAUAAAUUAAAAUAAAAACCCUCCUAAAAAGCAUAAAAUAAUAUUUAUUUGGUUUUUAACUUAAAAUAAUUCCUUAUUAUGUAGGAAUAUUUUGUUAACUAAAUGUAGUCGCGUCGGGAGACCGCCAAGUAUAUUCUAACUUAAAAAAGUAUGAACAACACUACACACUCAUGUUUUGCAAAUAAAUAAUCUUUGUCUUUGUCACUAUAAAUAAGCAGGAUAAUUUUCAAAUAUUUAGCGACAGAGCGGUCCUCAGAUGCGAUACUUGUCAAAUAUUCCUACAUAAUAAGAAAUUAUUUAUUUUAAGUUAAGGGUUUUUUUUAAUUUUAAAUUUAACUUUUAUUAUUAAGUUUUGUUAUCCUUUGAUAGCUUGUAAUUAUGAAUAAUCUGUAUGUCAAUUAUGAGGCGUGUUCGUGUAGAAUGUGCUGACAAAGUCUGAACUCUGCAAAAUGUAUAAAUACAUCACAACUAAUUGGUCUUAAUAAACCUUGUUUAAAAGCGUUA